AUGGGGCGAGGAGUCUGGCUGGGGGCUCUCCUCUGCUGGGGGUCCUUCUGUAAGAAAGGGAUGGGGGCUUCAUCAUGGGGUGGAGGAGAGAAGAGGGUCAGGCAUAAAGGGGGAGCGGAGGUUUUGCAGGGAGGGGCAGUUUUGUAUCUAUUUGAAGCAAGGCGGACAGCAAGGUGGGGGAAUAGCAGGAUUGUCCCAUCGGAAGGGACCUCUGAAGGUCAUCCAGCCCAACCCCCGAGAAGUAGGGAGGCCAAAUUGUUUUAGGGUUAAGUUCUUGCUCUCCUGGCAACUGGCUCAUAUUCUGUUUUCCCUGUUUAGGGAAGCUUUUAAUGUUUGAUGCAUUAUGGUAUUUUAAUAUUUUGUUGGAAGCCGCCCAGAGUGGCUUUAUACCCCAGAUGUGCAGGAUAUAAAUUUAUUAUUAUUAUUAUUAUUAUUAUUAUUAUUAUUAUUAUUAUGCCUCCACACAAUUCCAAAUACGAGAGCCCUCUUCAAAUAUUGGAAGGGCUGCUGCAUGGAAGAGGGAGCAAGUUUGUUUUUCUCCUGCUCUGGAGGGCAGGACUCGAACCCGUGGCUUCGAGCUACAAGAUUCUUACUAAACACCAGGAAGAACUUUCUGCGAGAUGGAAGGUGGCAGACUCUCCUUCCUUGGAGGUUUUUAAGCAGAGGUUGGGCGUCCGUCUGCCAUGUAUGAUCUAGCUGAGAUUCCUGCGUUUCAGGGGGUUGGGCUAGAUGACCCCUUGGGAGCCCCUUCCAUCUUUACAAUUCUACGAUCCUGUUCAAUCCUCCAGGGCUGCUGGAGGCCAACGAGAACCUCCGCCUCUACAACGACCUUUUCAACAACUACGACAAAAGGGCCCGCCCGGUGCGCGACGAGGGGGAAGUGGUGGAGGUCAGCAUCAAGAUGACCCUAACCAACCUCAUCUCCCUGGUAAGCUGGGCUGCGUGUUCCCCUCCCCAGACCCCCCCCUGAGCCCCCCAUCCCGCUUUUAGGGGCUGCCAUCCAGAGUCACUCGGAUCGCUUUCUUCCCCCUCCCUAAAUUUGUCCUGUCCUCUUUUAAAGCCAUCCACUUUGAUGGUCUGUAGUGAUCAGAUGGGAUUACUCUGAGGAAUUAUAAAAUAUGCAUCAAGCCAUUGUGUCCGUGAUGAAAGCAUUGCAUUGACUGGGUUUGAUUCAUUGACAAUAAUUCCUGAUCAAAUCCCACAUCCCUCUGCAUCUCUGCCAUUUGCUUUCUCUACGCCUGACAGGCACAUAUAAGCAUUCUAAACACAGGCCAGUUGCUGUUUAUGACCUUUGGGGUUUCCUAACAGCAUUCCUCCUUGUUUCCUAUUUUAUUUACUCUGGACUACUUGUUGUUGUUUAGUCGUUUAGUCGUGUCCGCCUCUUCGUGACCCCCUGGACCAGAGCACGCCAGGCCCUCCUGUCUUCCACUGCCUCCCGCAGUUUGGUCAGACUCAUGCUGGUAGCUUCGAGAACACUGUCCCACCAUCUCGUCCUCUGUCGUCCCCUUCUCCUUGUGCCCUCCAUCUUUCCCAACAUCAGGGUCUUUUCCAGGGAGUCUUCUCUUCUCAUGAGGUGGCCAAAGUAUUGGAGCCUCAGCUUCAGGAUCUGUUCUUCCAGUGAGCACUCAGGGCUGAUUUCCUUAAGAAUGGAGAGGUUUGAUUUUCUUGCAGUCCAUGGGACUCUCAAGAGUCUCCUCCAGCACCAGAAUUCAAAAGCAUCCAUUCUUCGGAGAUCAGCCUUCUUGAUGGUCCAGCUCUCACUUCCAUUCAUCACUACUGGGAAAACCAUGGCUUUUACUAUACGGACCUUUGUUGGCAAGGUGAUGUCUCUGCUUUUUAAGAUGCUGUCUAGGUUUGUCAUUGCUUUUCUCCCAGGAAGCAGGCGUCUUUUAAUUUCGUGGCUGCUGUCACCAUCUGCAGUGAUCAUGGAGCCCAAGAAAGUAAAAUCUCUCACUGCCUCCAUUUCUUCCCCUUCUAUUUGCCAGGAGGUGAUGGGACCAGUGGCCAUGAUCUUCGUUUUUGAUGUUGAGCUUCAGACCAUAUUUUGCGCUCUCCUCUUUCACCCUCAUUAAAAGGUUCUUUAAUUCCUCCUCACUUUCUGCCAUCAAGGUUGUGUCAUCUGCAUAUCUGAGGUUGUUGAUAUUUCUUCCGGAGAUCUUAAUUCCGGCUUGGGAUUCAUCCAGCCCAGCCUUUCGCAUGAUGAAUUCUGCAUAUAAGUUAAAUAAGCAGGGAGACAAUAUACAGCCUUGCCGUACUCCUUUCCCAAUUUUGAACCAAUCAGUUGUUCCAUAUCCAGUUCUAACUGUAGCUUCUUGUCUCACGUAGAGAUUUCUUAGGAGACAGAUGAGGUGAUCAGGCACUCCCAUUUCUUUAAGAACUUGCCAUAGUUUGCUGUGGUCGACACAGUCAAAGGCUUUUGCAUAGUCAAUGAAGCAGAAGUAGAUGUUUUCCUGGAACUCUCUAGCUUUCUCCAUAAUCCAGCGCAUGUUUGCAAUUUGGUCUCUGGUUCCUCUGCCUCUUCUAAAUCCAGCUUGCACUUCUGGGAGUUCUUGGUCCACAUACUGCUUGAGCCUUCCUUGUAGAAUUUUAAGCAUAACCUUGCUAGCGUGUGAAAUGAGUGAAAUUGUGCGGUAGUUGGAGCAUUCUUUGGCACUGCCUUUCUUUGGGAUUGGGAUGUAGACUGAUCUUCUCCAAUCCUCUGGCCACUGCUGAGUUUUCCAAACUUGCUGGCAUAUUGAGUGUAGCACCUUAACAGCAUCAUCGUUUAAAAUUUUAAAUAGUUCAGCUGGAAUACCAUCACUUCCACUGGCCUUGUUAUUUGCAGUGCUUUCUAAGGCCCAUUAGAACUGGACUACUAUGCAUGCUCAAACAGCUCUUCGUAGUUUUAAUCUUUAACUUUGUCCCACAUGGGGUUUUUGAAAUCUGAUUGGUUCUUACAAACCCUGUGUAAAAAGUUCUUUUGUGAAUAAAAUGACCUGGGCCAGAGGGUGGAGACAGAUUAUUAUUGGCACCCUUCCCAGAGUCUUGCUGGUCAAGCCUUGUGUGUAUUCUAUUAACCAGAGUCCAACCUUUCCUUUGCUUUGGGAACGCCACAGUGGUCAUCCCUGCCCCCUGUGGCAGGGAGUUCCACUGGUGAACGGGGGCAAACCUGAUACUCAGGUUUCUGCCAGAAGGCCCCUCUCCCAGUUUAUGACAUAGUUAUGACAAAUGUAUGAUGUUUUACUAAGGGUGUCAUGGGUAAAAUGGGGAACUUAUAUAUAUAUUUAAAGGGAGUCAUCUUUUGUUCGGGGAUUAUUUCUGCUUCUUCCAUGUGGUAGUUUGAAGUUUUGUUGCAACAAUAAAGAUCAGGCCUAUUGGCUGCUGUUUUGCUCCUGUUUUGCUGGAGUCUUUGUUUGACAAUCCAGGUGAGCAGAGGUGUUUUCCUUUAACAACUCUGUGCCAUGUGAAGAAAUGUUUUAUUCCUUUUUUUUUUUAAAGCAUUUUUAUUGAGUUUUCUUUAACAUAAAUCAAACAAACAAAACAUAUACAGUAAAGGUCUAUAUUCUUAUGCCCACUUAUUUUUAUUAUGACAGUUCCCUCUGUUUUCUAUGCAUUACAAAAUGAAAUCGAAAACCUUUACCAAUUUUUUUUAAUGGAAAGAGAGAACUGCAUAGUUAGAAGGGGCCCCCAGAGUCAUCUAGUCCAACCCCCUGCAGGGCAGGAAUUGCAGCUAAGGCCCCUGUAAUAAAUGAAAAUCUGCCCUUAUUCCCUUAUGGGGGACACAAGAGCCCAUAUAGAGUCCUUUGCAGGUUCUCCAUCGGGAGGAGAAAGUAACAGAGGCCAACCAGAGAAUAUUGGGAAGCAAAGCAGCUAGUAAGCCUGAUCUUUAUUGAACUGUUGUAACAGGGUGCCCCCUUCACAGACAGGAAAGAGAAGGAACCCCGAACAAAGGUGUGCCCGCCCCUAUAUAGACAUUUUAAAUUGCCUGCCCUGGAGCUCAAGACCACCCCCAGAUACAUCAUGCCUACAUCACAGAAAGGGCGGUCUACAACAGAAAUCUGAGUGCGUUGUUUACCUCCUGUCUGGCAGGUUACCCGUUAAUGCUUACUUGAUUGCAUACCCUGGGGAGCCUGGCCAGUCUUUUGUAAUGCUUGGACUACUGCAACGCGCUCCACAUGGGGCUACCUUUGAAGGUGACCCGGAAACUACAACUAAUCCAGAAUGCGGCAGCUAGACUGGUGACUGGGAGCGGCCGCCGAGACCACAUAACACUGGUCUUGAAAGACCUACAUUGGCUCCCAGUAUGUUCCCAAGCACAAUUAAAAGUGUUGGUGUUGACCUUUAAAGCCCUAAACAGCCUCAAAGGCCCAGUAGACCUGAAGGAGCGUCUCCACCUCCAUCGUUGUGCCCAGACACUGAGGUCCAGCUCCGAGGGCCUUCUGGCAGUUCCCUCCCUGCGAGAAGCCAAGUUACAGGGAACCAGGCAGAGGGCCUUCUCGGUGGUGGCGCCCUCCCUGUGGAACGCCCUCCCAUCAGAUGUCAAAGAGAACAACAACUACCAGACUUUUAGAAGACGUCCGAAGGCAGCCCUGUUUAGGGAAGCUUUUGGUGUUUGGUGUAUUGCAGUAUUUUAAUAUUUUUAUGGAAGCCGCCCAGAGUGGCUGGGGAAGCCCAGCCAGAUGGGUGGGGUAUAAAUAAUAAAUUAUUAUUAUUAUUAUUAAUGAUAAAUACUUAGUUCCUGAGCCAGGUCACAGGCUCACCCUAUUCAUACACAGACAUACCCUUCAGACAGGAUUUGUGAAGGAAAAGACAAUGGGGAGGCUUUUCCAUCUUCCUUGACCUUGCAGAGAAAUCAUUUGGUCAGUUUGGGAGUCAAGAUGGUAUCAGGGCUGUUUUCCUGUGCUGCUUCAGACAUGUGGUCCACACAUCUAUGUAUGCGCUUGGUUGGUACAUUAAUGAACAUUUAUAUUACAUUAUAUAUAACCUUAAAUGUUUUAUUUCACCCCACACCCUUUUCUCUCCUCAGAACGAGAAGGAAGAGACCCUGACCACGAACGUCUGGAUUACACAUGUAAGUCUCAGGCUGCUUCUCCCCCUAGACGGCAGGGGCAUUUGGGGGGGGGGGAGCAGAUUCCGGCUUGACAUCAGGAAGAACUUUCUGGCAGUAAAAGCCGCUGGGAUGGAAGGUGGCAGAAUCUCCCUCCUUGGAGGUUUUUAAGCAGAGGCUGGAGGGCCCACCUGCCACGGAUGCUUCAGCUGAGAUUCCUGCAUCGCAGGGGGUUGGGAUGGAUGACCUUUGGGGACCCUCUUUUGACCCUCCAGCUCUGUGCUUCUAUCAUCUCAGCAAUGGGUCGAUUACCGGCUGGAAUACAAGAGCGAGGACUAUGGGGGCAUCCCGGUGCUUCAGGUCCCCGCAGACAAUGUCUGGCUUCCAGACAUCGUCCUGGAAAACAAGUGAGUCUUAUUUUUCAAAAUGUAUUUUUAUUAAAGAUUUUAUUAGUUUACAAAAGUAUGUGCAAUCUCUCUCUCUCUCCUCCCCCCUCCAAGUAAGAUUUUUUUACAGAUCAGCUUCAUUUGUUGAGACAUUCAGGGAAAGGGAUGGGGGUCGGGUGGCGAUGUUUCUAUUAUACUUAAUAUAUGUGGGGUUUUGUGUCAGCGUCGCUGGUGCAGGUGCUGUGCUAUUCACUUCUGUUCCUUCGAAAAACUAACCAAUAAACUGAAACUGGUAAAAGGUAAAGGGACCCCUGACCAUUAGGUCCACUCGUGGCUGACUCUGGGGUUGCGGCGCUCAUCUCGCUUUACUGGCCGAGGGAGCCGGCGUACAGCUUCCGGGUCAUAUGGCCAGCAGGACUAAGCCGCUUCUGGCGAACCAGAGCAGCGCACGGAAACGCCGUUUACCUUCCCGCCGGAGCGGUACCUAUUUAUCUACUUGCACUUUGACGUGCUUUCGAACUGCUAGGUGGGCAGGAGCAGGGACCGAGCAACGGGAGCUCACCCCGUCACGGGGAUUCGAACCGCCGACCUUCUGAUCGGCAAGUCCUAGGCUCUGUGGUUUAACCCACAGCGUCACCCGCAUCCCAAACUGAAACUGACAUGGGAGCAAAUAGAAGAAGAAGCCUUCACCCCGUUAUAUGGCUCCCCUUUAUCACACACACAGCCCAACAAGACAACGACAAAAAUCCACCAACGGCAUACAAAUCAAUAUGGUUAACCUGAUCUAAAACACCCACCCACCCCACUCACACAUGAAAACAAAGACCACCACAGCCAAGCACAAACAAGUGAGUCUUUUUUGGGGGGGCUGCAUUCUCAGGGUGUGUCUGUGCCUGAGACCCUCGGCUGCUUGCUAUGAAAAGGAGAUCUGGCCCUUACUCGCCUUCCGAACCCCUGCUGCCCCCUUCCUUCUCUCUCUCUGCCCCCCUCCAGCAUCGACGGGAAUUUCCAGGUGGCUUACUUCUGCAACGUCCUGAUCUACCCCGGGGGGUUCAUCUUCUGGCUGCCCCCGGCCAUCUUCCGCAGCACCUGUGCCAUCGAAGUCACCUUCUUCCCCUUCGACUGGCAGAACUGCUCCCUCGUCUUCCGGUGAGAGCCUGGGGUGGGGGGUGGGGAGCCCAUGGUGAGGGGUUCGAAACACACGCUUGGACCCGCGCCCAGGAAACGCUGCCAAGGACUCCCAAGUCAUGGGCUGGAGAAAGGGCAGCUGGGACCUGCAUCACCCGAAGAUGGAUUUAGCUGCGAUUCCUGCAUUGUACAGGGUUGGGCUGGAUGACCUUUGAGAGUCCCUGUGGCGUGUGAAAUACAGAGCAAUCAAAUACAACACAUUCCUAGAGUGGACAUAAAAAGGGGGUGUCUGGGACAAACUUCCUCUACAUGUGACCAGAGGUGGGCGUGUGACCUCACCUGUGCAGGUAAUGAAAAACCCAGGGGGGACAGACAUCUCUCUAUAUAUGUAACAAAUACUAUGGGCAAUAUGGACAGAUGCAAAAUAUAUAGAUUAUGAAAUAAUAUACGGUUGAAAAUGUUGACAAUUAGGACCCGGGGAGGGUAUGGGGAAGUCUUGAGAUUCAGAGAUAUCUCCCCAUAGGGAUAUAGUCAAUUCUGUAUCCAGGGCAGCUGUUUACCAGCUCCACCUGGUACACAGGAUGAGACCCUCCCUGCCUGUGGACUGCCUCGUCAGAAUGGUGCACGCUCUGGUUAUCUCCCGCUUGGACUACUGCCAUGCGCUCUACGUGGGGCUACCUUUGAAGGUGACCCGGAAACUGCAAUUAAUCCAGAAUGCGGUAGCCAGACUGGGGACUGGGAGACCAUAUAACACCAGUCCUGAAAGACCUACACUGGCUCCCAGGACGUUUCCGAGCACAAUUCAAAGUGUUGGUGUUGACCUAGAAAGCCCUAAACGUCCUCAAAGGCCCAGUAUCCCCGAAGGAGCGUCUCCACCCCCAUCGUUCGGCCCGGACGCUGAGGUCCAGCUCCGAGGGCCUUCUGGCGGUUCCCUCCCUGCGAGAAGCGAGGUUGCAGGGAACCAGGCAGAGGGCCUUCUUCUGUGGAACGCCAUCCCACCAGAUGUCAAAGAGAACAACAACCACCUGACAUUCAGAAGACAUCUGAAGGCAGCCCUGUUCAGGGAAGUUUUUAAUGUUUGAGGCAUUACUGUAUUUUCGGUCUUUGUGGAAGCCGCCCAGAGUGGCUGGGGAAACCCAGCCAGAUGGGCAGGGUACAAAUAGUAAAUUAUUAUUAUUAUUAUUAUUAUUGUCAUCAUCAUCAUCAUCAUCAUUAUUAUACAAACUUAUAUUUACACACUUAUACAAACUUAUAUUUGUAAAAUCAAAUAAAAACAAUCUCCAAAUAAGAAUAAGAAUACAGUAAGCUCAUGCAAGACGCCACGAAAGCGCAGCUUAGCCCUUGAUCCCUCGCCAGGUCCCAAUCGUACAACGCCAGAGAAGUGGUGCUUACAUUUGGAGGCGACGACGAGACCGGGGACCCCGUGGAGGAGAUUGUGAUUGACCCAGAGGCUUUCACAGGUAGGGGGCCGGCGUCAGCCUUGGAAGGGGGUGGGGGGACAACCCUGGAGGGGGGCAGCGAGCCCAGACCUGAAGACCCCCCACCCUGCUUUCCGUCCUGGAGAGACGCUGGAGGCAUCGCUUGCCCCCCAACCCACCCUCUGCCUCUCUCAGCCCCCCUGCCAUGCCACCUCUGUCUCCCCCCAGAGAAUGGGGAGUGGGCCAUUCAGCACCGGCCGGCUCGCAAGGUCCUGGCCCCCGUCUCCGGGGUGGAGGCCCCCGGCUUCUCGGAGGUGCGCUACUACCUGAUCAUCCAGCGCAAGCCCCUCUUCUACAUCAUCAACAUCAUCAUCCCCUGCGUCCUCAUCUCCUCCCUGGUGGUCCUGGUCUACUUUCUGCCUGCGGAAUGUGAGUCGUCCCCCCUGGGGAGGGAAGGGGGGCAGGGCAGGGGAGGAGAGAGUUGGAAGGGACCCCCAAAGGCCAUCUAGCCCAGCCCCACGAAAUACAGGAAUCGCAGCUGAAAGAAUGCCUUCUCCAGCCUCUGCUUAAGGAAGCAGUCGAAUGGCUCCUAUCCUCAGAACGUUCUUCCAAAUGUUCAGUUGGAAUCUCUUUCCUGGCAACUUGAAGCCAUGGGUUCGAGUCCUACCCUGUGGAGCAGCAGAAAACAAGCUUGCUCCAUCCUUAAUAAUACAGCAGUACCUCGGGUUACAGACGCUUCAGGUUACGGACUCCGCUAACCCAGAAAUAGUACCUUGGGUUAAGAACUUUGCUUCAGGAUGAGAACAGAAAUUGUGCUCUGGUGGCACAGCAGCAGCAGGAGGCUCCAUUAGCUAAAGCGGUGCUUCAGGUUAAGAACAGUUUCAGGUUAAGAACAGACCUCCGGAACGAAUUAAGUACUUAACCCGAGGUACCACCAUAAUAAUAAUAAUAAUAAUAAUAAUUUAUUUAUAUCCCGCUCUUCCCAGCUGAAGCCAGGCUCAGAGCGGCCAACAACAGUAAAAAUAACACCGUUUACAUAAAAUCACAAUCAAUUAAUUAAAAUACAUUCUACAAUCAAUUCAUUCUAAAAUCAAUUCAAAAUCAAAUUAAUGGCAACCACUGGGCUGUGCCUUGGCCAAAGGCCUGGUGGAACAGCUCUGUCUUGCAGGCCCUGCGGAAAGAUGUCAAGUCCCACAAGGCCCUAGUCUCUUGUGACAGAGCGUUCCACCAGAUCGGGGCCACGGCCGAAAAAGCCCUGGCUCUGGUUGAGGCCAGGCUAACCUCCCUGUGGCCCAGGAUCUCCAUGGGGCAGACCUUGAGCUAUUUGAAGACGGCUCUCAUCUCUCCUCUCAGUCUCCUCUUCUCCAGGCUAAACAUAGCCAGGUCUUUCAACCGUUCCUCAUCAGGCCUGGUUUCCAGACACCUUGAUCAUCUCAGUCACACCUCCCAGCUGGUCAAUAUCCCCCUUAAACUGCGGCGCCCAAAAUUGGACGCAGGACUCCCAGCGGGGUCUCCCCAAGGCAGAACAGAGCAGGACUUUUCCUUCUCUUGAUCGGAACACAAGACUUCCGCUGACGCAGCCUAGGAUCGCAUUCGCCUUUUUUGCUGCUUCCUCACACCGCUUGCUGACCCCUGCCUUCUUCCCGGGCAGCUGGAGGCCAGAAAAUCACCGUCAGUAUCUCUGUCCUGCUGGCCCAAACUGUCUUCUUGUUCCUCAUCGCCCAGAAGGUUCCGGAGACCUCGCUCAGCGUCCCCCUGAUCGGAAAGUGAGUCGUCCCCCCUGGCCAGCAGAGCCAGGACUCCUGGCUUCUCGGGAGAGUGUUUGCCCAUAUGUGGGGAGCAGGGUGGGAAUUUGUGUCAUGGAGAGGCGGCAACUAGACCUAGUGGGGUGGAUUAUGGAGGGGAGGGGGCUCAGGAUGGCCUGGAAGCCCCACAACAGAGACCCACACCCUGGGAAGGGCUGUAGCUCCGCUUUGCAAGCAGAAAGCCCCCGAUUCCUCCAUGUGGACUAGGAUCUUGCAUUGCUUUUAGGGGAAGGGCUCAGCGGGAGAGCCCCCCCUGCCUUGCAUGCAGAAGGCGUGAGAUUCGAACCCCACGCCACACCUCCAGCUGGGGCUGGAGGGAGAAAGACCCUCUGCCUAAAACCCUGGGCGGUCGCUGAUGCUGCCGGCCCGUGUCGACAACACUAGCUUAAAUCAAGUUUCCUGUGUCCUUCUGCCGGGCAGGUACCUGCUGUUUGUGAUGGUGGUGGCCACCCUGAUCGUCACAAAUUGCGUCAUCGUCCUCAACGUCUCCCUGCGCAGUCCCAGCACCCACGCCAUGUCUCAGCGGCUCAAGCACGUGAGGAUGGGGGGCAGCUGGGGGGGGCGGCUUCUGCCAUUUGCCCAAGAAGGCCAGUGAAGCCAGCCUCACUCAGAUCAGGGGCACUCCUGCCCAAACCAAGCCCAUGCAAGGGCAUUUAUAAAGUUUUAUUUUGGGGGGGGUGUCCUGCCAAAAAGUCCCCAGUUGGGAAGGGCUCGUGAUCUCUCAACUGGAACCCCAACUUUCGUCUCUGGGGUUGGGGACUCUGGAGUCGUUCCCAGACCGGCUGUUGUAAUUUGAACCCAGGACAUCCUGCUUAGAGGAAAGAUGAAAACUAUUCAGCUUUCCAAAAAGCAGCGUGCUUCUUCGACAAACCGAGCUCAGUGUCAUCCAGCCAUGAAAACGAUAGCUGGUUUGAGUUCCUCGCAGCCCAAAACAUCAUCAUCAUUAUUAUUAUUAUUUAUUAUUAUUAUUAUUUAUACCCUGCCCAUCUGGGUGGGUCUCCCCAGCCCCCCUGGGUGGCUUCCAACAAAAUAUUAUGUUGUAUUAUUUUACAGUUAUUAGCCGCUCUGAGCCCAGCUUUGGCUGGGGAGGGCGGAAUAUAAAUAAAAUAUUAUUAUUAUUAUUAGUAGUAGUAGUAGUAGUAGUAUUAUUAAAAUACAGUGGUCUCUUAAACAUUAAGUUUCCCUAAACAGGGCUGCCUUCCUGGGAAAAAAUGGCAAGAAUUAAUCCCCACCCCCCAAAAAAAGUUUACAGGAUGGUUGUGGUUGAAUUUGGAAUGGACAGGUCCAGACAGGUCCUAAGAGAAGGUGCUUUGCGAACGGCUCCCCGUCUCCUGUCUCCCCCCAUCCCAGGUCUUCUUGGAGCUCCUUCCACGCUACCUGGGCUCCAGCUUGGAGCCGGCGGAAGAAGACCCCUGGGACGCCCCCCGCCCUCGACGGCGCAGCUCCUUCGGGGUGAUCCUGAAGGCGGAGGAGUAUAUCUUGAAGAAGCCGCGAAGCGAGAUCCUCUUUGAGCGCCAGGGAAAGCGCCACGGGCUCCAGAGGGUGCCGGGAUACAGCACGGCUUGUGAGUCUCCCCCCCGGGGGGGGGAAAUCUGGGGGUCACGGGUGGGCAGGAAGGGGGCAAAGGGCUGCUGGUGGAGACGCUCCAGCUCUCCUAGAAUCACACAAGGGGACCUCAAGGGUCAUCUAGUCCAACCCGCCCCAGGGAUCUCUGUUAAAGCAUCCCCGACAGGUCCCCCCCCCCGCAGAUUAUGUUUAAAAGCCCCCAAGGAAGGAGAGUCCUGGGAAAUCCGUUUCUCUGUCGAAUGGCUCUUACCGUCAAAAAGUUAGUUUAGUUGGAAUCACUAGAAGCCAUGGGUUCGAGUCCUCCCCUCCAGAGCAGCAGGCUUGCUCCCUCUUCAUUUAUUUAUUUUCCCCAAUAAAUUUUUAUUAUUUUCUUUACACAAUCAUUCUUACAGUACAUUAAUCAACAUAUAAACUUUUUUCGCUCUGCCGAGCUUGCAACUUCCCUCCUUCCCUUCAGCUGGUAUCCCUUUAUCAAACCCAGUCGCGUAUUUUAACUUUUUACAUCUUAUCUACAUCGUAGGGAUUACAUCAGUCCUGCUAGUGUCUUUAAAUUUUCACAGUUAUCCUUUAAGUAUACAAUAAAUUUACUCCAAUUGUCCUGGGAUUUCUGAUCGUCUGGAUCCCGAACCCUGCCGGUCAGUCUAGCUAACUCCGCACAUUCCAUCAUUUUCGCGUUCAUCCUUAAAGUCACAGUUAUCCUUGUGCCGUAGCUUAUAUGUCAGUUUUGCCAGUUCUGCAGAGUCCAUCAAUUUUUCUUGCCAUGAUUCUUUAGUUGGAAUUUCUUCAGUCUUCCAUCCUUGUGCUAUUAGGACUCUCGCGGUCAUUGUCACAUACAUGAAGAUGUUUUUUUCAGUUUUUCUGGCAGGUCUUUCCCUACAAUCCCUAACGGAAAUGCUUCCGGUUUUUUAACAAAUGUUAAGUGGAACAUUUUCUUCAAUUCAUUAUAUAUCAUUUCCCAAAUUUUUUUUAAUUGCAUUACAAUCCCGCCACAUAUGAUAAAAUGUCCUAUUAUUAAUCCUUUCCUCCCGCAUCUUUGAUGGUAACCCCAAUUCCAUUGUGUCCAGAAUUCAGCCUUAAACUACGAGGUGAAGGUUGUCAAGCUGGUGUGCAACAUCUUUCUUUGGCGAAGGAGGAGUUGUGAGAUAUGUGCAUGAGUGUGCAAAUUUGUGCGUCGCCAAGUUUGGCAAGCUCUUAAGGUUUCAUUCCUCUCCCCCCCCCCCCGCAGACGGCCUGGACGUGGGGGGGACCAGCACCCUCUACAAGAACCUGGCUAGCCUAGCCCCUGAAAUCAAGGAGUGUGUGGACGCCUGCAACUUCAUUGCUGAGAGCACCAGGGAACAGAGCGCCGACAGUGCGGUGAGACCCCAACCCCCCCCCGCCUCCCGGACGUUGUUGGGAGAGGACCUGGGAGAGACCAGGGUUCGAAUCCCGCCACUUCUUGGCCAGGGAGGCCGUUACACGUGACCUUGGCCCAGUCGCUGCCUCCCGAACUUGGAAUUGGGGUGGCAACUCCCAUCUCUUGCAGGGAAGCAAUUAGUGCCAGCACCUUCCGUCAAGAGUUUGGGUGUAACCUUCGACGCCUCCCUUUCCAUGGAGGUGCAGGUUGCAGCCGCAGCAAAGGUGGCAUUUCCCCCUCUCUGCCGUAUUAAGCAGUUGGUCCCUUACCUUUCCUGCCCUGACCUGGCUGCAGUGAUCCACCACUGUACUGUAAAGGUAAAGGGACCCCUGACCAUUAGGUCCAGUUGUGACUGACUCUGGGGUUGCGGCGCUCAUCUCGCUUUAUUGGCUGAGGGAUCCGGCGUCCAGCUUCCGGGUCAUGUGGCCAGCAGGACUAAGCUGCUUCUAGCGAACCAGAAAACAUCGUUUACCUUCCCGCCGGAGCGGUACCUCUUUAUCUACUUGCACUUUGACGUGCUUUUGAACUGCUAGGUUGGCAGGAGCAGGGACUGAGCAACGGGAGCUCACCCCGUCAUUGCGGGGAUUCGAACCGCUGACCUUCCUAUCGGCAGGCCCUAGGCUCUGUGGUUUAACCCACAGCGCCACCCAUGUCCCUAUUAGGGGAUUGGAGGCCCCCCCCCGAAUGUCUCUCCUGCCCGCCACCCCACCUUCGUGGCCUGCCCCCCUCCACAGGGAGAGCUCUGACCCCCACACUUGCUGCUCUCUCCCUGCAGGAGAUGGAAAACUGGGUGCUGAUCGGGAAAGUGAUUGACAAGAUGUGCUUCUGGGCGGCCAUGGCCCUCUUCGCCAUUGGCACCCUCGCCAUCUUCGCCAUGGGGCAACUCAACGCCGUGCCAAGCAACCCCUUCCCGGGAGAGGAGCUCCAGGAGUAG